GCUGUAAACAUUGCAUAUGAAGGUGAAAACGUAGCUUCAGACGCUCCAGAGAAAAUGGCAAAAAACCCGAAAGUAGCGUGGGUAAUCGCAGGUUUCUUUAUGGCGGUGGGUGCUUCGUUUUUUCCGAUAUUUUUCUAUCCUCUGGCUCACGAAGACGAGUACAGACAAAUCCAAAAGGUAAACCGGGCAGGAAUCAACCAGGCUGAUGUGCAACCUGUGGGUCUGAAGAUCUGGUCCGACCCGUUCAAGCCUGCGGACAAGUGAUGGCUGGUGUGAGCCAGCCUUCAGGAGUCCUGGACAUGAAUAAUAAAUAUCCUUAUGAUGAGUGCUUGGUGUGUGUUUGAGUGAAUUAUGUAAAAAGUUUGUAUUUGUUAUAUUUUCCAUCAUAAAUAAAGGUAAAGAUCCAAGGAUGUAA